CGCGCCGACGCCCACGCGACGCUAAGUACUGCGCUCAACCAGCUCCGGUACCUCCAGAACCUGCGACACCACCGCGUGACGUCCUCAUCGCGUCGCGACGACUGCGUCGUGUGCCACGAAGAGCUUCCGAUCGAGCGCGCCGUGUGGCCGUGUGCGCACGUGUUGUGUCGCUCGUGCACGCAAGCGAUGCUCAAGUCGGCGCGACGCGCGCUCUGUCCGACCUGCCGUCGCCCGAGCACGGCCUCGUCGAUUCAAAUGGUCCGCGACGAGCCGCUGCGCAUCGGACCCGAGUGCGGGACCAAGGUCGACAGCAUCGUCCGCUGCAUCCUUGGUCUCGGCGACGUGCGCGUGCUGCUCUUUUCCCAGUGGCCCGACAUGCUGCGCAUCUUGUCGACGGCCUUGCAUCGUGUUGGCGUACAGUGCAUUUACCCCGAGGCAAAAAAAGACUUUGAGAAGGGACUGCAAGGGUUCAAGGCGGCGACAACGGCGGCGUGCGUGCUGGCGCUGCCCUUUCGACACGGUGCCAAUGGCCUGAAUCUUGUCGAGGCGUCGCAUGUGGUCUUGGUCGAGCCGCUCUUGAACGGAUCGGUGGAGCGACAAGCCAUCAACCGUGUCCAUCGGCUCGGGCAGGAGAAGCCGACGACCGUCCACCGCUUUAUUGUGCAGCACUCGAUCGAGGAAGGGGUGUUGGCGCUGCAGACCCGCGACACCCACCCGCCACUGCACGCGACCGAAGAGGUCUCGGCAACAGACUGGCGCCUACUUUUGCAGCAGGACCAUGCCGCGAUGAACGACGGGUUUUGGUCGGCGCCGAUGCGCGGGCCGUCGCGUCAGCAAGUCAAAGACCGCUUGGAACGCGCGCGAUCGUUUGAAUUGCGGGCCACUGACGCCCGCCUCGUCGACGAGCCGACGCUGGUUGUCUGCGGCGUGUCUCUCAGCGUGCAUGUCGCUGCGCAGUUGCUCCGAGACUGCAUUCCCGUCGAUGAUAACGAUGCAGCGCUGCUUGCGGUGCUCCAACAGCGCCUGCGCGUCAAGCUGCACGCGCUGGGGCUCUCGGCGCCCGACGGCGCGUCGUUGCAAUGACAUGUCGAUAUCCCG